AGAUCAAGACUCACCACCACCACCGCCACAACAACAAGGGCUGCCUGGCUGGCUGGGUCGAGCUGAACACCUUCAGGCAGCCAAGCUCAUGAGAUAUUCCCUCGGUGUUCCUCCCAGUGAAUGCCAUGUGUAUAUUCUCCUUGGGGCGAGACGCGCAGCUCCCCUGAGACACUGUCCCUGUCCCCUGCCGCCCCAGGGAAGGUGAGACUGGAAGGACAAGCCUUACUGAGGGGACCAUGAGGCACCUCACAGCCAGUCCUGCUUUGGCUUGUGUGUGUGUCCUGCUGCAUGACAAUGAGAGCCCUGAAUUGUAAGAUGGCAAAACAUCAACAAAGUCUGCCAGUCAGUAGUUACUGUGAUCGUGCACACACACUGAAGAGUUGGCAUCUCUGUUAGUGAGUCAUGUUCUCCCUCUUCUACGGCCUCUACAAGUACCUGUUCAAGAAAGAUGAGUUCUUUGUCCUCAUCCUUGGCCUGGACAAUGCUGGAAAAACAACUUACCUGGAGGCUGCCAAGACCAAGUUUACCCGCGGCUACAAAGGCCUCAACCCCAGCAAGAUAACCACCACUGUUGGGCAGAAUGUAGGCGGCAUCUCUUACUCAGGGAUCAAGUUGAGUUUCUGGGAUCUUGGAGGGCAGGAGGAACUACAGCCACUUUGGGAGAAGUAUUAUGCUGAGUGCCACGCCAUCAUCUACAUGGUGGACUCAGCAGAUAGGGAAAGGAUGGAGGAGUCUAAGGAAGCCUUUGACAAAAUGAUAUCCAGUGAGAACCUGAUUGGUGUUCCUUUGCUGGUGCUGGCCAACAAGCAGGACAUUCCAGAGUGCAUGGGGGUGCGAGAGGUCAAACCUAUCUUCAACCAGUCUGCUGACCUCAUUGGCCGCAGGGACUGUAUGGUGAUGCCAGUGUCGGCCUUGACGGGUGCUGGUGUUGAUGAAGGGAUUGACUGGCUGGUGGAGUGCAUCAAGAGGAACAGUGAUGUGCGGCCACCCCCGAACCACGACGACACCUGAUGCUUCCACUGCUCACCCUUCAUAGCUAUAGUUACUGCAGGAACACAGGUCUCUUACCCUCACACACCAGCCAGACACCUAUUGUAUUCCUCCUCAUCAUCAUCAUACACUACACUUCUCUGGGACAGCCUCUCUUUGUGUGUCCCCAGACAGGAACUGCACAGAUGCCUGAUGUGAUUCGUGAUGAGAGAAAUUAAUGGAAAGAGAAAAGUUCACUUGCCGUGGAUGAUUUGAUAAGAAAGGUUAUGACUCGGAACCAUCAGACACAGCUGGUAGUUAAUUUGAGCAUUGUUAGCGAUGAGUGAGUGUUUGGCACUGUUUGGGGAUGUGUGAGGCUGGACUGACUACAUGUAGGGUGUUUUGCUUUCUUGGUAAUGUAGAUUUGUUGAAUAUGAUCUUUGAUGUACAAAUCUGUGGCAGAAACUAUAAUGAUCCCCUUAAAGGCAAGAUUUGAGAGGUGUGCCUACUGAUGUGUGUGUGUGUGUGUGUGGUUGGAUAAUUGCACAUGAGUAAAUUUAUGUACACUUUUCUGUCUUCUGUAAUGAUUUUAGACAACAUAUUUAUUGGUUCUGUAUCUUCCUUGUAGUGAUUAUGUGAGUCACUUUGUUGUUUGGUCAUGCUGUGGUUGAAGUACUACACAUGCCAUGCUGCUGUGAGGCAGAGCACCUUUGAGCUUAGAAGACUUGGUUACCCUGAAGCUACUCUGAAUUCACAUAUAUUUCUCUUGACAUUUUCAGUUCAGUGGCAUAAAAUUGACCUUAUAUGGGUUGCAGAUUUGGUGUUUUGAUUUGGUGGUUUCAUAAAUGGAGACACCAAUUAAUUGCCACCCAAUUUUGUCUGUUUUGUGAUGAAAUUUAUCACAUUUGCCACCCCUGAGCUUCUUGGCAGUGGUGCAUCUCUCACCCUUCAUUUGCUGGUUCUCUUGACUUCCCAGCUGUCACUUGUCUUAGAGCAUCACUCUUCAUUCAUAGCUUGUUAACUCUGGCAUUGUUUCAGCAGGUGAUGCAGACCUGUGGGAUGGUGUUAAUAACUUCUAUUUUCAGUUUGCUUCUUCCAAGUUUGCAAGUUUCCCACUUGUAGUUUUAAUGUGGCUUGUAUUGUUGAACUCUUCAGUCAUGUAUAGUCAGAGAGGAAAAGCAUCAGAAUAGUAAAGGGUUAUGUGUCUCUUGGUUUGUGUUUUGUGAGGGCAGUCUUUUCUUUUCAGUGUGUUCCUGGACUUCCGUGUUUAUGAUGGGCACAAUGUUGCCCUGUUAGUUGCCUUUUAAGUGAUGGAAUAGAUCAACAGAUGCUGCUUAUCAUUCAUUCUUCUUCCUAGAGUUUUGGUUUUCUUUGUGAAUGGUAAUAAGAUUGUGAUGUCAUCAAGGGAAUGUGUGUAUUUAUUCCUCAUGAGUAGAUUAAGGACAUCAUUUUUGUUGCAAGAAUCCUUCUUGUUUUCCAUCAUUUCUGUUUUAGGAUGGGAGUGUAAAAUGAUGUAUUUUGUUCAGGAAAAAUGUGCUUUGUGGAGUUUUGCAUUAUUCAUAUCAAAAUACUGUAUUGGUGAGGAAUGCUCGGGUCUCAUAAUGAAUCUUUUCGUUUGUGUGUUUUAAACUCGUGUGUGACUGAGUGAGUGCAAGCAAUGAUGUAUUUAUAACUAAUGUAUGAAUAGCAUGUUGGGGAAGUACAGUGAUGCUGCCAGUCUUGUUGUUCCAUGUGUAUAAAUUUUAUAGAGAAUACUUAUGUAUAUGUAUAUAGACAUAUGUAAGUUGUAAGGGCAAGACACUAAUGGUCAAUGGUGGUGAGGGAGUGUGUGUGUGGUUGGUGUGGUGGAAGUGCCAGGGAGUAGCCACAGCCCACACUUGCUGCUCUCCCAGGGUUGAAGCAGUGCCGUGCUGAUGUAGUGGAACAACAGGUUUCACUUUACCUCUAACUGUAUUUUGUGUUUGAGGACCAAGUACACCUCUCUCUCCUGCUGGCUACCACCCUGAGGCACUGGUGUCCUCAGGUGGGUGAAGGCGCUGCAGGUGGUGGUGCUGCUCAUUGUUCUAUUGCUGCUGCUACAUGAGAGGAGGAGUAGUACAGAACAGACUGUGGUCAUUCUGUACUGGUAAAUCAUUAUUUAUAUGUGAAUCAUGUCCCUGAAAAGCACUUUAUAAGUUAUUUUUUGAGGUGUCUUGUACAAGAUUUUUAUUUUUGAAGUGCAGGAUAAGGGACAAAAUUAUGUUUCGAACUUCAAAGAUUCAUAAAUUAAAUGUUCAUUUUGUGAAUUGCAACAUACACUUUCUUUGGUUUGAUUGACUUGACUUACAGCAGAACUAGUGUGCAGAGUGGUGACUUGAGUGGUGCGAGAUGUUGGUCGAUGCCUCAUGACCCCUAGAAUAUGGGAAUUCAGAGUACAUAACAGUUGCCUGAGGGGUAGUGUGAUGUCAGUUGCCAUUGCCAGGUGGGAAGCUGCAUUGUGUUGUAAGCUUACCAGCCCAGCUCUAUUUUUUUGAGUCAAGACAAGGUGAUGAUGACAAAGGGAGGAGAGACAGAGGUACUGGCAGCAUAGUCAGACACCACCAAAUGUACAUUUCCUCCACCAUAGGGAUGUCAGGAAGUGGUCAAGUCCUUAUUGAGUUAUACUGUAGAAGCCUUAUUGUUCACAUCACUUGGCUUGUCAUGCCGGAGGAUUGGACUGGUUUGUAACGGAUACACCAAGCAGAACUUGCCUGUUUACUGCCAGAGAUCAAGAAAGGGAUACCUACCUUUUGAUAAUAGAGUGCCUGGGGAAGAGAGGCAUUGUUUCUUUGCUGGGAGUAAUACAUGGGACAUUAACCAGGUGGGGGCUUAUAGAUUGAAUGGUUGGCAGUUGCAGACCCAGAGGCAGUGGUCAGGCUGGAGUGUCACCUUUGCUACAGAGUUGCAGUGAGAUGAAGGGCAGGGAUGGGUGGAGGCAUUGUGGUGGAAGAAAGGGUACAAGUUUGAGUUACUGGGAAGGGAGGUGAAGGGAAAGGGAAAGGGAAAGGAUUACAGCAUGUUUGUCUUGGUCAGGGAUAGGAUAAGGGUUACUGGGACUAGGAAAGGGAUAUUGUAUGGCACCAGUGGUCUAGUUGGUGGGGUCCCUACAUGGUAGUUUAAAUGGGAAGGAGAGGAUCAUGGAGUGUUGUGGCACACGACUCUGUCCUCAGCCAGGUGAGCUUCCAUGCCUGGACUGAGGCUGGGUAGGUAAUCUCAACAACUAAUAUCAAUUGCAGUUGUGAUGAAUUCUGUUUCCGAGUACUUUAUUUUAUCUCUUAUUGUCAUUUUGUAUUGGAUCUGUGUGUGUGUGUGUGUGUGUGUGUGUGUGUGUGUGUGUGUGUGUGUGUGUGUGUGUGUGUGUGUGUGUGUGUGUGUGUGUGUGUGUGUGUGGCUGGGUCUCCCAUCCUGGCUGUGCAAUAACCCAUUGUUUCUGAGAGUACAAGAGAGUUCUUGCAGUGAGGACAAGGACCACCACCAACACUAAUUUUUAACAAUGCAUCUCAUUUUCUUCUUCUAAAGUGUGAUAGAUCCACACUUCUACUUCAUUUUAUAGAAUUCAGUUGCAAUGAUAUUAUUAACAUGAUAUCUGAUGGAAAAUUUAAUGCUCCAAUGUGUAUAUGACCAACAAAAUGUCUUAUAUGGGAGGUCUGUCUGUUCUGCAUUGUUGUUGUUUGGUUCUCUUCCUCUCCCUGAUGUACAGGAAGGAGGCCCCGCAGGAAGCUGGGUGUUGGGCAGAACACUGAUGUUUCUGUGACAUUACAUAGCUUUUAAGAGGGACAUGUUGCUGGCUCUUGGUUUCAAAUGAUGCAAUCAUUUUAACUCAUGUGCUGCAAUCAGUUUAUAUCAAAGUAAUUAUUAUAAUGAUAGAUUAUUAUUAUUAUUAUUAUUAUUAUUAUUAUUAUUAUUAUUAUUAUUAUUAUUAUUAUUAUUAUUAUGUAUAACUUAUUGAAUAAAUUGACAUUUUCGCCA